AUGAACCUCCUUCGUCUGUGGUACGCGCCCAGUCCAGGAGAGAUCUCCGAUGAAGUGGCACUUCCCCAAGAAACGAAUUCGGGAAGGGCAGGAAACGUGGAAGAAGAAGAGGAAUUCGCAGGGAAUCAUAUAAAGGAGGAAAAGGAGACAGAUUUGAGCUCAAAAGUCCGACUGACCACAUCGGCAGGAAUUCCGAUCCCAUGGACGCAACAACCAUCAGCAGGCGGAACAGGCGAGAGAUUUGCCGCGGCUCGUCCAAGCGACCAGAUUCCCAGAAAUACCGAUCCCAUGGAAGGUACCACCAUGAACAGAGAAUCCUUCAAAGGUGGAACUGGUGAUAGAUUCGCAACUGCUCGUCCGACUGAUCAGAUCGGGAGAAAUACCGAUCCCAUGGAAGGUACCACCAUGAACAGAGAAUCCUUCAAAGGUGGAACUGGUGAUAGAUUCGCAAUUGCUCGUCCGACUGAUCAGAUCGGGAGAAAUACCGAUCCCAUGGAUGCAAUAACUAUGAACAGGGAGUCAUACAAAGGCGGAACAGGCGAGAGAUUUGCCGCGGCUCGUCCAAGCGACCAGAUUCCCAGAAAUACCGAUCCCAUGGAAGGUACCACCAUGAACAGAGAAUCCUUCAAAGGUGGAACUGGUGAUAGAUUCGCAAUUGCUCGUCCGACUGAUCAGAUCGGGAGAAAUACCGAUCCUAUGGAAGGUACCACCAUGAACAGAGAAUCCUUCAAAGGUGGAACUGGUGAUAGAUUCGCAAUUGCUCGUCCGACUGAUCAGAUCGGGAGAAAUACCGAUCCCAUGGAAGGUACCACCAUGAACAGAGAAUCCUUCAAAGGUGGAACUGGUGAUAGAUUCGCAAUUGCUCGUCCGACUGAUCAGAUCGGGAGAAAUACCGAUCCCAUGGAUGCAAUAACUAUGAACAGGGAGUCAUACAAAGGCGGAACAGGCGAGAGAUUUGCCGCGGCUCGUCCAAGCGACCAGAUUCCCAGAAAUACCGAUCCCAUGGAAGGUACCACCAUGAACAGAGAAUCCUUCAAAGGUGGAACUGGUGAGAGAUUUGCAAUUGCUCGUCCGACUGAUCAGAUCGGGAGAAAUACCGAUCCUAUGGAAGGUACCACCAUGAACAGAGAAUCCUUCAAAGGUGGAACUGGUGAUAGAUUCGCAAUUGCUCGUCCGACUGAUCAGAUCGGGAGAAAUACCGAUCCCAUGGAUGCAAUAACUAUGAACAGAGACAAUUGGUACAAAGGCGGAACAGGCGAGAGAUUUGCCGCGGCUCGUCCAAGCGACCAGAUUCCCAGAAAUACCGAUCCCAUGGAAGGUACCACCAUGAACAGAGAAUCCUUCAAAGGUGGAACUGGUGAUAGAUUCGCAAUUGCUCGUCCGACUGAUCAGAUCGGGAGAAAUACCGAUCCCAUGGAUGCAAUAACUAUGAACAGAGAGUCAUACAAAGGCGGAACAGGCGAGAGAUUUGCCGCGGCUCGUCCAAGCGACCAGAUUCCCAGAAAUACCGAUCCCAUGGAAGGUGGAACUGGUGAGAUUGCAUUCGUUUCGAUGGGAUCCGAUCCCAUGGAAGGUACCACCAUGAACAGAGAAUCCUUCAAAGGUGGAACUGGUGAUAGAUUCGCAAUUGCUCGUCCGACUGAUCAGAUCGGGAGAAAUACCGAUCCUGGGUACCACCUGAACAGAGAAUCCUUCAAAGGUGGAACUGGUGAUAGAUUCGCAAUUGCUCGUCCGACUGAUCAGAUCGGGAGAAAUACCGAUCCCAUGGAUGCAAUAACUAUGAACAGGGAGUCAUACAAAGGCGGAACAGGCGAGAGAUUUGCCGCGGCUCGUCCAAGCGACCAGAUUCCCAGAAAUACCGAUCCCAUGGAAGGUACCACCAUGAACAGAGAAUCCUUCAAAGGUGGAACUGGUGAGAGAUUUGCAAUUGCUCGUCCGACUGAUCAGAUCGGGAGAAAUACCGAUCCUCUGGAAGGUACCACCAUGAACAGAGAAUCCUUCAAAGGUGGAACUGGUGAUAGAUUCGCAAUUGCUCGUCCGACUGAUCAGAUCGGGAGAAAUACCGAUCCCAUGGAUGCAAUAACUAUGAACAGGGAGUCAUACAAAGGCGGAACAGGCGAGAGAUUUGCCGCGGCUCGUCCAAGCGACCAGAUUCCCAGAAAUACCGAUCCCAUGGAAGGUACCACCAUGAACAGAGAAUCCUUCAAAGGUGGAACUGGUGAUAGAUUCGCAAUUGCUCGCCCACUGAGAUCGGGAGAAAUACAUCCCGAUAAUAGGUUAUUGUUCCCGAUCGAUCCGACUGAUCAGAUCGGGAGAAAUACCGAUCCUAUGGAAGGUACCACCAUGAACAGAGAAUCCUUCAAAGGUGGAACUGGUGAUAGAUUCGCAAUUGCUCGUCCGACUGAUCAGAUCGGGAGAAAUACCGAUCCCUAUGGAAGAGAAUCCUUCAAAGGUGGAACUGGUGAUAGAUUCGCAAUUGCUCGUCCGACUGAUCAGAUCGGGAGAAAUACCGAUCCCAUGGAAGGUACCACCAUGAACAGAGAAUCCUUCAAAGGUGGAACUGGUGAUAGAUUCGCAAUUGCUCGUCCGACUGAUCAGAUCGGGAGAAAUACCGAUCCCAUGGAUGCAAUAACUAUGAACAGGGAGUCAUACAAAGGCGGAACAGGCGAGAGAUUUGCCGCGGCUCGUCCAAGCGACCAGAUUCCCAGAAAUACCGAUCCCAUGGAAGGUACCACCAUGAACAGAGAAUCCUUCAAAGGUGGAACUGGUGAUAGAUUCGCAAUUGCUCGUCCGACUGAUCAGAUCGGGAGAAAUACCGAUCCCAUGGAUGCAAUAACUAUGAACAGGGAGUCAUACAAAGGCGGAACAGGCGAGAGAUUUGCCGCGGCUCGUCCAAGCGACCAGAUUCCCAGAAAUACCGAUCCCAUGGAAGGUACCACCAUGAACAGAGAAUCCUUCAAAGGUGGAACUGGUGAUAGAUUCGCAAUUGCUCGUCCGACUGAUCAGAUCGGGAGAAAUACCGAUCCCAUGGAAGGUACCACCAUGAACAGAGAAUCCUUCAAAGGUGGAACUGGUGAUAGAUUCGCAAUUGCUCGUCCGACUGAUCAGAUCGGGAGAAAUACCGAUCCCAUGGAAGGUACCACCAUGAACAGGGAGUCAUACAAAGGCGGAACAGGCGAGAGAUUUGCCGCGGCUCGUCCAAGCGACCAGAUUCCCAGAAAUACCGAUCCCAUGGAAGGUACCACCAUGAACAGAGAAUCCUUCAAAGGUGGAACUGGUGAUAGAUUCGCAAUUGCUCGUCCGACUGAUCAGAUCGGGAGAAAUACCGAUCCAAUGGAAGGUACCACCAUGAACAGAGAAUCCUUCAAAGGUGGAACUGGUGAGAGAUUUGCAAUUGCUCGUCCGACUGAUCAGAUCGGGAGAAAUACCGAUCCUAUGGAAGGUACCACCAUGAACAGAGAAUCCUUCAAAGGUGGAACUGGUGAUAGAUUCGCAAUUGCUCGUCCGACUGAUCAGAUCGGGAGAAAUACCGAUCCCAUGGAUGCAAUAACUAUGAACAGGGAGUCAUACAAAGGCGGAACAGGCGAGAGAUUUGCCGCGGCUCGUCCAAGCGACCAGAUUCCCAGAAAUACCGAUCCCAUGGAAGGUACCACCAUGAACAGAGAAUCCUUCAAAGGUGGAACUGGUGAUAGAUUCGCAAUUGCUCGUCCGACUGAUCAGAUCGGGAGAAAUACCGAUCCCAUGGAUGCAAUAACUAUGAACAGGGAGUCAUACAAAGGCGGAACAGGCGAGAGAUUUGCCGCGGCUCGUCCAAGCGACCAGAUUCCCAGAAAUACCGAUCCCAUGGAAGGUACCACCAUGAACAGAGAAUCCUUCAAAGGUGGAACUGGUGAUAGAUUCGCAAUUGCUCGUCCGACUGAUCAGAUCGGGAGAAAUACCGAUCCCAUGGAAGGUACCACCAUGAACAGAGAAUCCUUCAAAGGUGGAACUGGUGAUAGAUUCGCAAUUGCUCGUCCGACUGAUCAGAUCGGGAGAAAUACCGAUCCCAUGGAAGGUACCACCAUGAACAGAGAAUCCUUCAAAGGUGGAACUGGUGAUAGAUUCGCAAUUGCUCGUCCGACUGAUCAGAUCGGGAGAAAUACCGAUCCCAUGGAUGCAAUAACUAUGAACAGGGAGUCAUACAAAGGCGGAACAGGCGAGAGAUUUGCCGCGGCUCGUCCAAGCGACCAGAUUCCGAGAAAUACCGAUCCUAUGGAAGGUACCACCAUGAACAGAGAAUCCUUCAAAGGUGGAACUGGUGAUAGAUUCGCAAUUGCUCGUCCGACUGAUCAGAUCGGGAGAAAUACCGAUCCCAUGGAUGCAAUAACUAUGAACAGGGAGUCAUACAAAGGCGGAACAGGCGAGAGAUUUGCCGCGGCUCGUCCAAGCGACCAGAUUCCCAGAAAUACCGAUCCCAUGGAAGGUACCACCAUGAACAGAGAAUCCUUCAAAGGUGGAACUGGUGAUAGAUUCGCAAUUGCUCGUCCGACUGAUCAGAUCGGGAGAAAUACCGAUCCUAUGGAAGGUACCACCAUGAACAGAGAAUCCUUCAAAGGUGGAACUGGUGAUAGAUUCGCAAUUGCUCGUCCGACUGAUCAGAUCGGGAGAAAUACCGAUCCCAUGGAUGCAAUAACUAUGAACAGGGAGUCAUACAAAGGCGGAACAGGCGAGAGAUUUGCCGCGGCUCGUCCAAGCGACCAGAUUCCCAGAAAUACCGAUCCCAUGGAAGGUACCACCAUGAACAGAGAAUCCUUCAAAGGUGGAACUGGUGAUAGAUUCGCAAUUGCUCGUCCGACUGAUCAGAUCGGGAGAAAUACCGAUCCUAUGGAAGGUACCACCAUGAACAGAGAAUCCUUCAAAGGUGGAACUGGUGAUAGAUUCGCAAUUGCUCGUCCGACUGAUCAGAUCGGGAGAAAUACCGAUCCCAUGGAUGCAAUAACUAUGAACAGGGAGUCAUACAAAGGCGGAACAGGCGAGAGAUUUGCCGCGGCUCGUCCAAGCGACCAGAUUCCCAGAAAUACCGAUCCUAUGGAAGGUACCACCAUGAACAGAGAAUCCUUCAAAGGUGGAACUGGUGAUAGAUUCGCAAUUGCUCGUCCGACUGAUCAGAUCGGGAGAAAUACCGAUCCCAUGGAUGCAAUAACUAUGAACAGGGAGUCAUACAAAGGCGGAACAGGCGAGAGAUUUGCCGCGGCUCGUCCAAGCGACCAGAUUCCCAGAAAUACCGAUCCCAUGGAAGGUACCACCAUGAACAGAGAAUCCUUCAAAGGUGGAACUGGUGAUAGAUUCGCAAUUGCUCGUCCGACUGAUCAGAUCGGGAGAAAUACCGAUCCUAUGGAAGGUACCACCAUGAACAGAGAAUCCUUCAAAGGUGGAACUGGUGAUAGAUUCGCAAUUGCUCGUCCGACUGAUCAGAUCGGGAGAAAUACCGAUCCCAUGGAAGGUACCACCAUGAACAGAGAAUCCUUCAAAGGUGGAACUGGUGAUAGAUUCGCAAUUGCUCGUCCGACUGAUCAGAUCGGGAGAAAUACCGAUCCCAUGGAUGCAAUAACUAUGAACAGGGAGUCAUACAAAGGCGGAACAGGCGAGAGAUUUGCCGCGGCUCGUCCAAGCGACCAGAUUCCCAGAAAUACCGAUCCUAUGGAAGGUACCACCAUGAACAGAGAAUCCUUCAAAGGUGGAACUGGUGAGAGAUUUGCAAUUGCUCGUCCGACUGAUCAGAUCGGGAGAAAUACCGAUCCCAUGGAAGGUACCACCAUGAACAGAGAAUCCUUCAAAGGUGGAACUGGUGAUAGAUUCGCAAUUGCUCGUCCGACUGAUCAGAUCGGGAGAAAUACCGAUCCCAUGGAAGGAAUAACUAUGAACAGAAUCUUCAAAGGGGAAGGGUUUGGAACUGGUGAUAGAUUUGCAAUUGUUCGUCCGACUGAUCAGAUCGGGAGAAAUACCGAUCCCAUGGAAGGUACCACCAUGAACAGAGAAUCCUUCAAAGGUGGAACUGGUGAGAGAUUUGCAAUUGCUCGUCCGACUGAUCAGAUCGGGAGAAAUACCGAUCCUAUGGAAGGUACCACCAUGAACAGAGAAUCCUUCAAAGGUGGAACUGGUGAUAGAUUCGCAAUUGCUCGUCCGACUGAUCAGAUCGGGAGAAAUACCGAUCCCAUGGAUGCAAUAACUAUGAACAGGGAGUCAUACAAAGGCGGAACAGGCGAGAGAUUUGCCGCGGCUCGUCCAAGCGACCAGAUUCCCAGAAAUACCGAUCCUAUGGAAGGUACCACCAUGAACAGAGAAUCCUUCAAAGGUGGAACUGGUGAUAGAUUCGCAAUUGCUCGUCCGACUGAUCAGAUCGGGAGAAAUACCGAUCCUAUGGAAGGUACCACCAUGAACAGAGAAUCCUUCAAAGGUGGAACUGGUGAUAGAUUCGCAAUUGCUCGUCCGACUGAUCAGAUCGGGAGAAAUACCGAUCCCAUGGAUGCAAUAACUAUGAACAGGGAGUCAUACAAAGGCGGAACAGGCGAGAGAUUUGCCGCGGCUCGUCCAAGCGACCAGAUUCCCAGAAAUACCGAUCCUAUGGAAGGUACCACCAUGAACAGAGAAUCCUUCAAAGGUGGAACUGGUGAUAGAUUCGCAAUUGCUCGUCCGACUGAUCAGAUCGGGAGAAAUACCGAUCCCAUGGAAGGUACCACCAUGAACAGAGAAUCCUUCAAAGGUGGAACUGGUGAUAGAUUCGCAAUUGCUCGUCCGACUGAUCAGAUCGGGAGAAAUACCGAUCCCAUGGAAGGUACCACCAUGAACAGAGAAUCCUUCAAAGGUGGAACUGGUGAUAGAUUCGCAAUUGCUCGUCCGACUGAUCAGAUCGGGAGAAAUACCGAUCCCAUGGGAAGGUACCACCAUGAACAGAUUUGCGCAAUUGCUCGUCCGACUGAUCAGAUCGGGAGAAAUACCGAUCCCAUGGAAGGUACCACCAUGAACAGAGAAUCCUUCAAAGGUGGAACUGGUGAUAGAUUCGCAAUUGCUCGUCCGACUGAUCAGAUCGGGAGAAAUACCGAUCCCAUGGAAGGUACCACCAUGAACAGAGAAUCCUUCAAAGGUGGAACUGGUGAUAGAUUCGCAAUUGCUCGUCCGACUGAUCAGAUCGGGAGAAAUACCGAUCCCUAUGGAAGAGAAUCCUUCAAAGGUGGAACUGGUGAUAGAUUCGCAAUUGCUCGUCCGACUGAUCAGAUGGAGAAAUACCGAUCUAUGGAAGGUACCACCAUGAACAGAGAAUCCUUCAAAGGUGGAACUGGUGAUAGAUUCGCAAUUGCUCGUCCGACUGAUCAGAUCGGGAGAAAUACCGAUCCCAUGGAAACCAUGAACAGAGAAUCCUUCAAAGGUGGAACUGGUGAUAGAUUCGCAAUUGCUCGUCCGACUGAUCAGAUCGGGAGAAAUACCGAUCCUAUGGAAGGUACCACCAUGAACAGAGAAUCCUUCAAAGGUGGAACUGGUGAUAGAUUCGCAAUUGCUCGUCCGACUGAUCAGAUCGGGAGAAAUACCGAUCCCAUGGAAGCAAAAACAAUGAACAGAGAAUCCUUCAAAGGUGGAACUGGUGAGAGAUUUGCAAUUGCUCGUCCGACUGAUCAGAUCGGGAGAAAUACCGAUCCUAUGGAAGGUACCACCAUGAACAGAGAAUCCUUCAAAGGUGGAACUGGUGAUAGAUUCGCAAUUGCUCGUCCGACUGAUCAGAUCGGGAGAAAUACCGAUCCCAUGGAUGCAAUAACUAUGAACAGGGAGUCAUACAAAGGCGGAACAGGCGAGAGAUUUGCCGCGGCUCGUCCAAGCGACCAGAUUCCCAGAAAUACCGAUCCCAUGGAAGGUACCACCAUGAACAGAGAAUCCUUCAAAGGUGGAACUGGUGAUAGAUUUGCAAUUGCUCGUCCGACUGAUCAGAUCGGGAGAAAUACCGAUCCUAUGGAAGGUACCACCAUGAACAGAGAAUCCUUCAAAGGUGGAACUGGUGAUAGAUUCGCAAUUGCUCGUCCGACUGAUCAGAUCGGGAGAAAUACCGAUCCCAUGGAUGCAAUAACUAUGAACAGGGAGUCAUACAAAGGCGGAACAGGCGAGAGAUUUGCCGCGGCUCGUCCAAGCGACCAGAUUCCCAGAAAUACCGAUCCCAUGGAAGGUACCACCAUGAACAGAGAAUCCUUCAAAGGUGGAACUGGUGAUAGAUUCGCAAUUGCUCGUCCGACUGAUCAGAUCGGGAGAAAUACCGAUCCCAUGGAAGGUACCACCAUGAACAGAGAAUCCUUCAAAGGUGGAACUGGUGAUAGAUUCGCAAUUGCUCGUCCGACUGAUCAGAUCGGGAGAAAUACCGAUCCCAUGGAAGGUACCACCAUGAACAGAGAAUCCUUCAAAGGUGGAACUGGUGAUAGAUAUGCAAUUGUUCGUCCGACUGAUCAGAUCGGGAGAAAUACCGAUCCCAUGGAAGGUACCACCAUGAACAGAGAAUCCUUCAAAGGUGGAACUGGUGAUAGAUUCGCAAUUGCUCGUCCGACUGAUCAGAUCGGGAGAAAUACCGAUCCCAUGGAUGCAAUAACUAUGAACAGGCGAGAGAUUUGCAUGGCUCGUCCAAGCGCCGUUCCCAGAAAUACCGAUCCCAUGGAAGGUACCACCAUGAACAGAGAAUCCUUCAAAGGUGGAACUGGUGAUAGAUUCGCAAUUGCUCGUCCGACUGAUCAGAUCGGGAGAAAUACCGAUCCUAUGGAAGGUACCACCAUGAACAGAGAAUCCUUCAAAGGUGGAACUGGUGAUAGAUUCGCAAUUGCUCGUCCGACUGAUCAGAUCGGGAGAAAUACCGAUCCCAUGGAUGCAAUAACUAUGAACAGGGAGUCAUACAAAGGCGGAACAGGCGAGAGAUUUGCCGCGGCUCGUCCAAGCGACCAGAUUCCCAGAAAUACCGAUCCUAUGGAAGGUACCACCAUGAACAGAGAAUCCUUCAAAGGUGGAACUGGUGAUAGAUUCGCAAUUGCUCGUCCGACUGAUCAGAUCGGGAGAAAUACCGAUCCCAUGGAUGCAAUAACUAUGAACAGGGAGUCAUACAAAGGCGGAACAGGCGAGAGAUUUGCCGCGGCUCGUCCAAGCGACCAGAUUCCCAGAAAUACCGAUCCCAUGGAAGGUACCACCAUGAACAGAGAAUCCUUCAAAGGUGGAACUGGUGAUAGAUUCGCAAUUGCUCGUCCGACUGAUCAGAUCGGGAGAAAUACCGAUCCCAUGGAUGCAAUAACUAUGAACAGGGAGUCAUACAAAGGCGGAACAGGCGAGAGAUUUGCCGCGGCUCGUCCAAGCGACCAGAUUCCCAGAAAUACCGAUCCUAUGGAAGGUACCACCAUGAACAGAGAAUCCUUCAAAGGUGGAACUGGUGAUAGAUUCGCAAUUGCUCGUCCGACUGAUCAGAUCGGGAGAAAUACCGAUCCUAUGGAAGGUACCACCAUGAACAGAGAAUCCUUCAAAGGUGGAACUGGUGAUAGAUUCGCAAUUGCUCGUCCGACUGAUCAGAUCGGGAGAAAUACCGAUCCCAUGGAUGCAAUAACUAUGAACAGGGAGUCAUACAAAGGCGGAACAGGCGAGAGAUUUGCCGCGGCUCGUCCAAGCGACCAGAUUCCCAGAAAUACCGAUCCCAUGGAAGGUACCACCAUGAACAGAGAAUCCUUCAAAGGUGGAACUGGUGAUAGAUUCGCAAUUGCUCGUCCGACUGAUCAGAUCGGGAGAAAUACCGAUCCUAUGGAAGGUACCACCAUGAACAGAGAAUCCUUCAAAGGUGGAACUGGUGAUAGAUUCGCAAUUGCUCGUCCGACUGAUCAGAUCGGGAGAAAUACCGAUCCCAUGGAUGCAAUAACUAUGAACAGGGAGUCAUACAAAGGCGGAACAGGCGAGAGAUUUGCCGCGGCUCGUCCAAGCGACCAGAUUCCCAGAAAUACCGAUCCCAUGGAAGGUACCACCAUGAACAGAGAAUCCUUCAAAGGUGGAACUGGUGAUAGAUUCGCAAUUGCUCGUCCGACUGAUCAGAUCGGGAGAAAUACCGAUCCUAUGGAAGGUACCACCAUGAACAGAGAAUCCUUCAAAGGUGGAACUGGUGAUAGAUUCGCAAUUGCUCGUCCGACUGAUCAGAUCGGGAGAAAUACCGAUCCCAUGGAAGGUACCACCAUGAACAGAGAAUCCUUCAAAGGUGGAACUGGUGAUAGAUUCGCAAUUGCUCGUCCGACUGAUCAGAUCGGGAGAAAUACCGAUCCCAUGGAUGCAAUAACUAUGAACAGGGAGUCAUACAAAGGCGGAACAGGCGAGAGAUUUGCCGCGGCUCGUCCAAGCGACCAGAUUCCCAGAAAUACCGAUCCUAUGGAAGGUACCACCAUGAACAGAGAAUCCUUCAAAGGUGGAACUGGUGAUAGAUUCGCAAUUGCUCGUCCGACUGAUCAGAUCGGGAGAAAUACCGAUCCCAUGGAUGCAAUAACUAUGAACAGGGAGUCAUACAAAGGCGGAACAGGCGAGAGAUUUGCCGCGGCUCGUCCAAGCGACCAGAUUCCCAGAAAUACCGAUCCCAUGGAAGGUACCACCAUGAACAGAGAGUGCUUGGCGACUGACGAUCGGGAAUACCGAUCUGAGGAAGUUUCAGAGAGUCCUUCAAAGGUGGAACUGGUGAUAGAUUCGCAAUUGCUCGUCCGAGCUGAUCAGAUCGGGAGAAAUACCGAUCCCAUGGAAGGUACCACCAUGAACAGAGAAUCCUUCAAAGGUGGAACUGGUGAUAGAUUCGCAAUUGCUCGUCCGACUGAUCAGAUCGGGAGAAAUACCGAUCCUAUGGAAGGUACCACCAUGAACAGAGAAUCCUUCAAAGGUGGAACUGGUGAUAGAUUUGCAAUUGCUCGUCCGACUGAUCAGAUCGGGAGAAAUACCGAUCCUAUGGAAGGUACCACCAUGAACAGAGAAUCCUUCAAAGGUGGAACUGGUGAUAGAUUCGCAAUUGCUCGUCCGACUGAUCAGAUCGGGAGAAAUACCGAUCCCAUGGAUGCAAUAACUAUGAACAGAGAGAAGCCAUUUCAGGAGUCCUACAAAGGCGGAACAGGCGAGAGAUUUGCCGCGGCUCGUCCAACCGACCAGAUUCCCAGAAAUACCGAUCCUAUGGAAGGUACCACCAUGAACAGAGAAUCCUUCAAAGGUGGAACUGGUGAUAGAUUCGCAAUUGCUCGUCCGACUGAUCAGAUCGGGAGAAAUACCGAUCCCAUGGAAGGUACCACCAUGAACAGAGAAUCCUUCAAAGGUGGAACUGGUGAUAGAUUCGCAAUUGCUCGUCCGACUGAUCAGAUCGGGAGAAAUACCGAUCCCAUGGAUGCAAUAACUAUGAACAGGGAGUCAUACAAAGGCGGAACAGGCGAGAGAUUUGCCGCGGCUCGUCCAAGCGACCAGAUUCCCAGAAAUACCGAUCCUAUGGAAGGUACCACCAUGAACAGAGAAUCCUUCAAAGGUGGAACUGGUGAUAGAUUCGCAAUUGCUCGUCCGACUGAUCAGAUCGGGAGAAAUACCGAUCCCAUGGAUGCAAUAACUAUGAACAGGGAGUCAUACAAAGGCGGAACAGGCGAGAGAUUUGCCGCGGCUCGUCCAAGCGACCAGAUUCCCAGAAAUACCGAUCCCAUGGAAGGUACCACCAUGAACAGAGAAUCCUUCAAAGGUGGAACUGGUGAUAGAUUUGCAAUUGCUCGUCCGACUGAUCAGAUCGGGAGAAAUACCGAUCCUAUGGAAGGUACCACCAUGAACAGAGAAUCCUUCAAAGGUGGAACUGGUGAUAGAUUCGCAAUUGCUCGUCCGACUGAUCAGAUCGGGAGAAAUACCGAUCCCAUGGAAGGUACCACCAUGAACAGAGAAUCCUUCAAAGGUGGAACUGGUGAGAGAUAUGCAAUUGCUCGUCCGACUGAUCAGAUCGGGAGAAAUACCGAUCCCAUGGAAGGUACCACCAUGAACAGAGAAUCCUUCAAAGGUGGAACUGGUGAUAGAUUCGCAAUUGCUCGUCCGACUGAUCAGAUCGGGAGAAAUACCGAUCCCAUGGAUGCAAUAACUAUGAACAGAGAAUCCUUCAAAGGUGGAACUGGUGAUAGAUUCGCAAUUGCUCGUCCGACUGAUCAGAUCGGGAGAAAUACCGAUCCCAUGGAUGCAAUAACUAUGAACAGGGAGUCAUACAAAGGCGGAACAGGCGAGAGAUUUGCCGGCUCGUCCAAGCGACCAGAUUCCCAGAAAUACCGAUCCCAUGGAAGAGAAUCCUUCAAAGGUGGAACUGGUGAUAGAUUCGCAAUUGCUCGUCCGACUGAUCAGAUCGGGAGAAAUACCGAUCCCAUGGAUGCAAUAACUAUGAACAGGGAGUCAUACAAAGGCGGAACAGGCGAGAGAUUUGCCGCGGCUCGUCCAAGCGACCAGAUUCCCAGAAAUACCGAUCCCAUGGAAGGUACCACCAUGAACAGAGAAUCCUUCAAAGGUGGAACUGGUGAUAGAUUCGCAAUUGCUCGUCCGACUGAUCAGAUCGGGAGAAAUACCGAUCCCAUGGAUGCAAUAACUAUGAACAGAGAGAAGCCAUUCCAGGGAGUCAUACAAAGGCGGAACAGGCGAGAGAUUUGCCGCGGCUCGUCCAAGCGACCAGAUUCGAGAAAUACCGAUCCCAUGGAAGGUACCACCAUGAACAGAGAAUCCUUCAAAGGUGGAACUGGUGAUAGAUUCGCAAUUGCUCGUCCGACUGAUCAGAUCGGGAGAAAUACCGAUCCCAUGGAUGCAAUAACUAUGAACAGGGAGUCCUACAAAGGCGGAACAGGCGAGAGAUUUGCCAUGGCUCGUCCAACCGACCAGAUCCGCAGAAAUACCGAUCCCAUGGAAGGUACCACCAUGAACAGAGAAUCCUUCAAAGGUGGAACUGGUGAUAGAUUCGCAAUUGCUCGUCCGACUGAUCAGAUCGGGAGAAAUACCGAUCCCAUGGAAGGUACCACCAUGAACAGAGAAUCCUUCAAAGGUGGAACUGGUGAUAGAUUCGCAAUUGCUCGUCCGACUGAUCAGAUCGGGAGAAAUACCGAUCCCAUGGAAGGUACCACCAUGAACAGAGAAUCCUUCAAAGGUGGAACUGGUGAUAGAUUCGCAAUUGCUCGUCCGACUGAUCAGAUCGGGAGAAAUACCGAUCCCAUGGAAGAGAGUCCUUCAAAGGUGGAACUGGUGAGAGAUUUGCCAAUUGCUCGUCCGACUGAUCAGAUCGGGAGAAAUACCGAUCCCAUGGAAGGUACCACCAUGAACAGAGAAUCCUUCAAAGGUGGAACUGGUGAUAGAUUCGCAAUUGCUCGUCCGACUGAUCAGAUCGGGAGAAAUACCGAUCCCAUGGAUGCAAUAACUAUGAACAGGGAGUCAUACAAAGGCGGAACAGGCGAGAGAUUUGCCGCGGCUCGUCCAAGCGACCAGAUUCCCAGAAAUACCGAUCCUAUGGAAGGUACCACCAUGAACAGAGAAUCCUUCAAAGGUGGAACUGGUGAUAGAUUCGCAAUUGCUCGUCCGACUGAUCAGAUCGGGAGAAAUACCGAUCCUAUGGAAGGUACCACCAUGAACAGAGAAUCCUUCAAAGGUGGAACUGGUGAUAGAUUCGCAAUUGCUCGUCCGACUGAUCAGAUCGGGAGAAAUACCGAUCCCAUGAGUGGAUGCAAUAACCAUGAACAGAUCGGGAGAAAUACCGAUCCUAUGGAAGGUACCACCAUGAACAGAGAAUCCUUCAAAGGUGGAACUGGUGAUAGAUUCGCAAUUGCUCGUCCGACUGAUCAGAUCGGGAGAAAUACCGAUCCCAUGGAUGCAAUAACUAUGAACAGGGAGUCAUACAAAGGCGGAACAGGCGAGAGAUUUGCCGCGGCUCGUCCAAGCGACCAGAUUCCCAGAAAUACCGAUCCCAUGGAAGGUACCACCAUGAACAGAGAAUCCUUCAAAGGUGGAACUGGUGAGAGAUUUGCAAUUGCUCGUCCGACUGAUCAGAUCGGGAGAAAUACCGAUCCUAUGGAAGGUACCACCAUGAACAGAGAAUCCUUCAAAGGUGGAACUGGUGAUAGAUUCGCAAUUGCUCGUCCGACUGAUCAGAUCGGGAGAAAUACCGAUCCCUAUGGAAGAGAAUCCUUCAAAGGUGGAACUGGUGAUAGAUUCGCAAUUGCUCGUCCGACUGAUCAGAUCGGGAGAAAUACCGAUCCCAUGGAUGCAAUAACUAUGAACAGGGAGUCAUACAAAGGCGGAACAGGCGAGAGAUUUGCCGCGGCUCGUCCAAGCGACCAGAUUCCCAGAAAUACCGAUCCUAUGGAAGGUACCACCAUGAACAGAGAAUCCUUCAAAGGUGGAACUGGUGAUAGAUUCGCAAUUGCUCGUCCGACUGAUCAGAUCGGGAGAAAUACCGAUCCCUAUGGAAGAGAAUCCUUCAAAGGUGGAACUGGUGAUAGAUUCGCAAUUGCUCGUCCGACUGAUCAGAUCGGGAGAAAUACCGAUCCCAUGGAUGCAAUAACUAUGAACAGGGAGUCAUACAAAGGCGGAACAGGCGAGAGAUUUGCCGCGGCUCGUCCAAGCGACCAGAUUCCCAGAAAUACCGAUCCCAUGGAAGGUACCACCAUGAACAGAGAAUCCUUCAAAGGUGGAACUGGUGAGAGAUUUGCAAUUGCUCGUCCGACUGAUCAGAUCGGGAGAAAUACCGAUCCUAUGGAAGGUACCACCACGAACAACGGAACAUGGGACGGUGGAGGAACUGGGGGAGUCCGUGUUCGUGUUAACACCAAUAGAGCAAUGAACAACGACUCUUUCAAGAAACUUACGAGCCGAAUUGGACGACAUUUACGGAUGAGAAGAUGUGGAUCAGCACCAGCUUUGACUAUUCAUUGCUUACACUUCAAAAUCAAGUCACGAUGA